AUGGGAGAUACUAUGUCGCGAUACGCUUCCCCUUCCAGACUGCGCAGAGCCCCCUGGGGCGGGCAGUCGUAUGCAGCACGGAGCAUAAUGCUUGAUAGCUUGAUAUCGAGGAAGUUGAUCGAGACAUGGAAGAAGAUUCGCUUCGACAAACUCCACACCAGAUGCCAAGUGCGGGGAUCCCAUCGCGCUAAGCCCGACGUCAAGAGCUGGCGGAAGCAUCGGGAAAUCGAGAAACUAAAAAAGCGUAUUAAGGACUUGGAGUUGCAGCUUAAAGAUGCUGAGCAACCCGAAGUUGAGCAUGUUGUACACCCUUCAAAGCCUCCACGGCCCUUAUCUGUGUACGCGCCUGAGGGACUCGAUCCGCUUAAUCCAGACCGGCCCAACAGGAGGAAUUGGGAGGGCAUCCAUGCAAGAAUGGCCAAGUCUCACCAGACCCAAUUCUAUGGCCCGUCGUCUCUAUGCUACUUCGUCGGUCGCCUAAGUUCUUACUUAGCUACGGUUCUCCAGCAGCCGCACUUAGAACAUCAUUUUCACCCUAAUUCCGCGAGCAGGUCGUUCUCGUGUCCCACCAGCUCAAAGAACGGAAGCAUUGAAGAGAAUCUCAUGUCCGCUGACAUACCGAUAGAUGGAGACUACCUUACAGGAACACAGGAAGACUAUUUCUUGAACCUGUUUUGGCAGUCGUAUCACUGCACUCUGCCAAUUCUGGAUGAAAGGGAGUUUAAAGAAUAUUACAAGUCGCUGUGGGAUACGCCAGGGAAGCCUCGAAAACCAUCUGCCUUAGUUGAUAUUGUCCUUGCUCUGACCAUGCAAUAUGGCAUCUCAGUUUUGCCACGGUCUGAUGCAAACACCGCGUCAAAAGCGGAUGUCGAUAGCAACGAUGCGACCAUCGCCGGCCGCUGGUUUUAUAAGCGAUCCCAAGCUUUAUUGGCGAUUGAGCUUGAAAGUCCGUCGAUAUCUACUCUACAGUGCCACAUUUUCACGCUCAUCUUUCUUUGCAAUGCAUCAUUCCAGAACAUGGCUCAUAGUACUUUGGCUGUUGCUGUUCGGACAGCCCAUAUCCUAGGCAUCCACUUAGAGCCCCCAGAGGACAUGCCCCGAUCGCAGCGGGAGUUAAGGAAACGGAUGUGGUGGAUGUUGUAUGCCACAGAGAGCAAAACAUGCAUGAAGCUUGGACGGCCUUUUUAUGCCCAACUAUCCCAGGUUACUGCCAGUUUGCCGGCUGAUGACCAUGAAUUGGCAUUGCAUUCGGGCUCUAACUUUGGCUCUUUCGGCGAAGAUAUCACAUGGCUUACUCACGGUCUACAUCACAUUAAACUACUGAUAACAGCCCGCAAUAUCUACACGGCAUUCUAUGAUCACUGCUCUGAAAUUCUUGGUAGGAAUGGUGGGAAGAGCCUAUACAAUGAUCCGGAAGGUCUGGAGAACGCUGCAGAAUUUCUUUCGUUAAAUAUGAGCGCUCUCCAGACGUGGCUUUCCAACGUGCCAGCGGCGUUGAGAAUGAAACGCCAAGGAACUGGAGAACGUUUCUCCACCGACAGGUCACCGUUAGAGGUGGAGCGAUUUGCACCCCACUGGUUGAAGAGGCAGCAGGUGCUCCUAGAACUCCUGUACCACAAUCUUUCAAUGAAUCUCUAUCGACCUUUUAUCUGCUUUUCUUCAAUUCUCGAACCAAAGACUAAAAGCAACGCAAUUUCCUGUGUUAAUCAUGCGAUGGCAAUCACCUAUAUCAUGCAUCAAAUCCUCGACGAAUCCGACAUUCUCCCGGGCUGGCAUGAGGCGUAUCAGUGGCAAUGGAACGCCUCUAUCAGCCUGAUGGGAUUCAUAUUGGGCCAGCCGAACUCUCCUCUAACACCCCUCGCACGAAACGCCAUUAGCAUGGCCAUCACCGUCUUUGAAACUUUUGGCAACCACUUCGCCAUCGCCGCGAGCGCCGCGAACGUUACCCGUACCGUCGUCGAUAAGAUCGAUGUAUUUCUGAACCACACCCAAGGGGACAGCCACCAUAGCCCCGCCUCUUCUCAUGCAUCUGAGAUCGCCAGUGCAAACCCUCAGACGUACAGCAUCGGCGCCCAAUUUAUCGGCGGUGGCAGUAACAGCGCCUGUAGUCAGGCCGAUGACCAGACGAUGCAGGAUUCCAUUGCCAAUUCCCUCGGCAUUGCCUUCACAAUGGAUUCGCUAAAUAGCUUUGAGCCUUUUUGGGAUAACGAGGGUGUCAUGGAUUAUUGGACCUACACGCAGGAUUAG